GAGAGAGAGAGAGAGAGAGAGGGAGAGGAAAGUCUGGCAUCCGCUCUCCUCCCACCACACGACUCAAUAAGCCCCGUCCACAGGAGCUGUGAUGGAAAAUUACCCUGUGACCAAAAAGACAGGUCAGUUUAGAGCAAAGUUAGACUCUACUCUUCAGCAGCCCAGAGAAGGAUGGCCAGCGCAGUCAGCUGAACAGAAUAACCGUGUGCUGCUUCUGGCAUGGAGAACUCCCAAGCCCCUGUCGGCAGACGCACAGCCAGCACCUGUGGUUGGAGAGCUGUCUUUCUGCCUCAGCUGAACAGGCAGUCUCUAUCUGUGUACGGCAGCGAGAUAGCUGUGGAGAAGGAAUGUAUACGCCAGCUGCAGAGUGGAGUCUGGGUCAUCCACCCAUUCAGCCCCAUAAGGAGUUACUACAUCAUGUGUAUGGUUGCCAUCACAUUCCUGAAUUUGAUUGGGAUCCCCAUGGAGAUAGCUUUCUUAGACGGGUACAGUGGAGUGGGCUGGGAAGGUUUCAAUGUCUUCUCAGACACUCUGUUUCUGAUGGAUGUGGCUCUGAAUUUUCGCAUGGGUAUCAUCUCUGAGGACAGUGAGGUGGCUAUACUGGAUAUCAAAAAGAUCCGUGUGAUUUACCUAAAGAGUUGGUUCAUACCAGAUGUGAUUGCAGCAUUCCCAAUUGGCUACAUACUAUUAAUCGCGGAGUUACAAUCCCACAGUGACACCUCCACCUCAGGUUCCAAAGCCAGUAGAAUGGUGCGGAUCCUCAUGUUUGUCCGAAUCAUCAGCCUUGUCAGGCUCCUCAGAGUCUCCAGGCUUGUCCGCUUCUUCAAUGAAGUUGAAAAGGUUUCAAAUGCCAACUUGGAGUAUGUUCAGCUGUUCUUCCGCAUACUGUCUUUGUUUAUGAUGAUGUUUCUGCUGUGCCACUGGAACGGCUGUAUCCAGUACUUUGUCCCGAUGCUGGAGGAGUUCCCUUCUGACUGCUGGGUCAGACAAGAGAAGCUGAUGAAUGCCACGGUCGGUGAGAAGUAUUCCUUUGGAGUGUUUCGGGCUCUCUCUCAUAUGAUCCAAAUUUCCUAUGGCUCCAACGAGUCACCAACAAAUGAGGUGGAGCUGUGGGUGGUCAUGACCAGUAUGCUGUCUGGGGCUCUAAUGUACACUGUACUGGUGGCCAACGCUGCUGCCAUCAUAACCAACGUAGACCAAGCAGCAAAAGCCUACAAAGAUAAGAUGAAUCAUCUAGACGACUACAUGACCUUCUUGAAGCUUCCUAACGACCUUCGUCUUCGAAUCCAGAAGUACUACGGGGCCCGCUAUGGGGGGAGAUGGUUUGACGAAAAGAACUUUCUAAUUUCAGUCUCCUCAGCUUUGAGAGAGGAGAUUCUGACAGUGAUGUGUUUGAGCCUGCUGAACAACGUACCCAUGUUCCAGAACCGAGACGUCAACUUCCUGAACACAGUUCUCCUCCAGUUUCAGCAUGAAGUCUUCCAGGAGGAUGAUGUCAUCUUCCUACAGAACGCGCCCGGAGACCGCAUGUUCUUCAUCGAGCAUGGCCAGGUCCUGGUGGAGACAGACUCCUUCUCGCAGGAACUGGCUGACGGAGACUACUUUGGAGAGACCUGCCUCAUGACCAAAGGAAAGCGUUUGGCCACGGUUCAAGCUCUGACCACCUGCCAGCUCUUCUCCCUGUCCUCAGAACGCUUCCAGAUGGUUCUACAGGGCUUCCCUGAUAUCAGGAGAGACAUGGAAAAGUUUUCACAGCAGGACAAGGAAUAUGUGCUACAUCUCUAGUACAGUGCGGCCAUUUAUCAACAGUAGUGGUCACUAAGCCUGGUUCUGGAGAGGUACAGGAUGUGCAGGCUUAUGUUCCAGCCCAGCACUAACACAUCUGAUUCUGUUAGUAGAACUAGGUGUUUUAGUCCUGCGCAGCCUGGAGCUCUCCAUGACCAGGAUUUGUGACCACUUAUGUAUUGUGUAGCUCAGACUUGGUAUUGUGUAGACUGGUCUAAAAUUGUAUUAUACUUUAUAUAUAUAUAAAGAUUUCAUUGUUAUUUAUUUGUUCAACUGUGCAUCAUACAACCCUUAGUCUGGAUUACUAAUAGUUAUACUCUAGAUCCUCUCUGGGUGGAUCCAAAACAGUAUAUGAUAUUGUUGCUUUAACUAAGAGUGUAUUUCAGGACAUGUAAUGAUUAAAAUAUUUUUUGGGUUUUUGAAAAUGUAUUUAUUGUGAAGAAAUAUUAUUAGAACUGUUUUUUGUUUUUCUAAUUUCCUUUAUCGUGAAGAAAUGUCAAUUACAUAAUACAAGGGCAAGUCAGUUAUGAAACUACCGGUAUGAAACAGCAGAAAUAAAGAGGAAAGCAUGGUUUCAGUU